AUGGCCGCGACCGCGCCGGCCACCGACCCACCGGAUGCCUUGCCUGCGGUCACAGCCGAUGCUCCCACUCCUGCUCGUCCCACCCCGGCGGAGCUGGUAGCCCGCGCCGUCGCCCCCGUGAAGCCCGCCUUCCUCCGCCCGCCUCCCGUCCGCGAGGCACCCAAGGAGGAGGGCGGCGGCGGGGCCGUCGUAAAGGUGUCCAAGCGCCAGCUCAAGCGCGAGCGCCACCAGAAACCAGCUGACCUUGAAGGCACAUGCCCAUUUACCUCACUGGGACAGUUGUGUCCAUAUGGAAUAACUUGUCGAUUCCUUAGUACACAUAAGGAUACCGUUGCUCCUCAAAAUCAUCCAGAGGGAAACCAAGAGAGAAAUCCUUUGAGCAAAAAAAUUCAAAAGCUCUUAUGGAAGAGCAAAUAUAAAUUUCCCAAGGCCAGUGCCCAGAUCAAACUUCUUGGUCUUAAGGAUGGAAACAAGAAUAAAACAGAAGCAGCAAAUGAUGAUAAUCCAGAUGAAACAUGUGAGCUGAAUGGUGAUGACAAAACAUCUCUCUCUAGCAUUCCUGUGAAUGUUGAACCUGAUCCCACGUGCAAAGAAAUAGAUAAUUCAGAGGGAAAACCUUUGGUUGUUAACUCAGUUGAAUCUGUGGAGCCAAGGCCAUCAAAGAAAUCAAAGGUUGAAGUUGAUGAAACUCAGGGCCAUGGAACUGGUAUUCAUGACAAUGAGGCUGAAUCUGAAGUUGUUAAUUUAAUCAAUGGAGUAAAAAUUUCCUCAAAUAACCAAAGUUCCUGCAAAGUUGAUCUGAUCACAACACCUCAUUUACGUGAAAAGAAAAUUAUAGAUUUCCGAGAGAAGCUGUACCUUGCUCCCUUGACCACUGUCGGGAAUCUUCCUUUUCGGAGGCUCUGUAAAACCUUGGGAGCUGAUGUUACUUGUGGAGAAAUGGCUAUGUGCACAAAUCUUUUGCAGGGGCAAGCUUCAGAGUGGGCUUUGCUGCGACGGCAUCCAUCGAGGAUUUGUUUGGGGUGCAAUCUGUGGACCGUAUCCAGAUACGACAUAAAUAUGGGCUGCCCAAUUGAUAUAGUUGUCAACAAGGGUGCUGGAUCAUCAUUGCUCACAAAGCCUAUGAGGAUUAAGAGUAUUGUACAAGCAGCAUCUACUGUUACUGAAAAACCGUUAACUGUUAAGGUAAGAACAGCUUUCUUUGAGGGCAGGAAUCGUGCUGAUUCUAUAGUUUCAGAUAUCUACAACUGGGGUGCUUCAGCCAUAACAAUACAUGGUCGAUCACGGCAACAACGCUACAGCAAACUUGCUGAUUGGGACUAUAUCUACCAGUGUGCACAGAAGGCUCCUGACUAUUUGCAUGUCAUUGGAAAUGGUGAUGUAUUCUCCUUUACUGACUGGAACAAGCAUGUUUCAGACUGCUCCAAAAUUUCCACUUGCAUGAUUGCUAGAGGUGCACUUAUCAAGCCUUGGUUAUUUACUGAGAUAAAAGAACAAAGGCACUGGGAUAUUACAUCUGGUGAGAGAUUAAAUAUUCUUAAAGAUUUUGUGCGUUUUGGUCUGGAACAUUGGGGCUCUGAUUCCAAAGGAGUUGAGACAACACGCCAUUUCCUACUGGAAUGGCUUAGUUACACCUGUCGCUACAUUCCGGUGGGUCUGCUGGACGUCAUUCCACAACGAUUGAACUGGAGGCCUCCGAGCUACUAUGGGCGUGAUGACCUUGAAACCCUGAUGGUCUCUGAUUCAGCAGCUGACUGGAUAAGGAUCUCAGAGAUGUUGCUUGGCAAAGUUCCAGAAGGAUUUACCUUUGCACCGAAGCACAAGUCCAAUGCCUAUGACCGAGCAGAAAAUGGUUAA